AUGACAAAAGCAGCCGCUCUCACCGAGUACUCCGCGAACAUUUUCGAGAUCGACAAGAGCAUUGAGAAAUGUCUCGGCGAUAUCGAGAGCAUCCUCAAAGAGGACUUCGCUACCGAAGGAAAACCUAAGAGCGACUUCCUCCAAUGGCGGCUCCAGUACGAUGCCGCUCUCAUCGAAAUCGAGUCCAGCGAUAUGACAUCGGCUCUCCGCUCCGUGCUGGAAGUAAUCCACGAAAGAGACAACAGCUUGGAAUCGAUCGAGGGCACCAUCCUGCCGCUCGUUGAUUACGUAAAAAGCGUCAUCUCCAUGCCCCCCCUGAAUUCGUAUCCCGCGUCAUGUCCGUUCUGUCCGAAAUACAAAGCGCCAGACGCCCCCGAACAGGAGUCCCUCCAGCUGCUGUCGGCCAUCGGUCAGCACAUUGAGGCUGACCUACUCCGAACCUGCCUGCCCGCGAAAUGUGAUGUCUCCCUUGAUGAACAGUGCACUUAUUUUGAUUAUCGACAAAAACUCGCUCUGCUCAGGAGUCUCUACGACGCGGAGCACAUCAAUGAACUCCAUUGGAAACUGCGGGAAAAACAAAUGGCGAGCUUCCACUGCGAUUGUUGCGGGGAUCAGUGUCUGUUCUGUUUCCUGGAAACCUGCGCGAAGUAUCUCGCUCUCGACAUGGCAUUGGUAGACUCCGGACUGUUCCAACCGCUACAGGUUUGCGACAAGCAGCUGCAUAUGCUGUACAACAAAUGCGUCUUGGACUUUAUUGAGAUUCUGCUCGACGACAAACUGGAGGAGCACCAUCUGGUGGAGAAUCGGAAUACGUUCCGAUGCCGGCUCCGGGAAAAACUCCUCGGUGUAGAAUCGGUGCCCCAGCUGGCAGACGAAGGCAUAACACAAAUCUUGCAAGAUAUGAAUUGGUUCGACUCACGGCUCAAGUACUACCUCGCGAAGUAUGCCUACGGAGACACUCACAUCAGCGUCGAUACGAGUUGGGUUUCCCAAUCAGUGCGGAACCUCGUUUCUUCCUUGGAGACUCUGAUGCCUGGAGUUACAACCGCCUGGCAACAAUGGUCCUCAAUCCUGGCCGAGCAGGAACGUUUCAAGACGGUUCCCUGUCCGAUGGAUGGCUCGGAGCGCACGGUUCAAAUCUUUGGACCUGCGUGGGACUUCCUUCUGCAUCUCCAGAGAUUUUCGGCCAUCGUUGGCAAGAGCAACAGCAAAUCUCUGAUCGUUUCGCUCAAUCAUUUCCUCCACACCGGGAUCGAUGUUGUUACUUCGACCUGCAGCGCCAUCGCGAAACGAGACGAAAUCGACGAGAAGACCUACGUGGCGUACAAUAGCGUUGCCUACGUCCGUUCCCAACUGGAGGCAUUUCAAAACAAGAAUGGAGACGUCGCCGACCUCCCCACGGGAGUUGUGCAAAAGCUGUAUACGGUUGAAGACUCUCUCGAGUACCAUUUGGUUUGCCAUCACAUAAAAUGGUCCUCGAGUCCAGCACGCCAUACUCUCUAUGACUUCUCGUCCAUACAGAAACCAGACAUGGACGGUUUUACGUUGGCUCCUGCGUCGCUACACAUGUACAUCGAAUCCUUGUGUCUACAGCUGUCCGAAGUCCUCUGCCAAAUCGGCUGCCGAAAAGUCGUAGCCCGCGUCUGGAGCGAACUGAGCACAAUGCUAUGCGCAACAUACGUUCAGGCCCGAGUGAGUGAACAGCAGGUCGGUUUACUAUCGCGUGAUAUCGAUGUCGUUCUCGGUACGAGUCUCAACGUCCUGCUCUUCAUCUGCGACGGAGUGGAUGAGGUACUCGGCCUUUUGGAGGACAAUUGUGAUUUGAGGAAGAUCCGGCACAUCAAAAACAUUCAUGCGUGCUGCGUGUUUCUCUUGAGCACUCGCUACAUAAGCGAUUCCCCCGUGGAGCUUCUCCAUCAGACAUUCAAAGGGGGUUUCCUGUCGGAAAGCAAGUUGUUGCCCGGUUUGUUUUGGGUGUCCCAUCUUUUCCAGAAUUCCCUGAGCGGAGCGUCUUUCAAAGUGGACUCUGCUCCGAACGUUUUAGUUUGGAUCAUGCUCGAAAUGAUGCGGGUCCAGAAAAACUUCAACUUCGUUUCAUGCAUCAAGGCCAUGCGAUCUUUCAACCACAUGCUUUCGAUUCUGCUCGUUCGCCAGGGCUGCACCGGGGGUCAUCUCUCAGAAGAAGAACAAACUCGCCUAAUGGACUGUGCUCUGUCUCUGGGCACGGCAAGACCUUCAUGCGAAGUUUCGCACAGCUUCGUGGGGGACAUGCUCAUACCCAUCGUUGAAAAAACGAACUCGUGGCAGGUCUUUGGCUCCGACUCAUUGAAUGCGAAACGGCCGUGGUGGUAUAAGGUUUUACAACACAGGCUCAAAGAAUCUUACGGCAAGAGCAUCCUGUUGAGCAUGUGCGACAUGACCAUGGCACGCUCGAGAGCUGCCCGAGAGAGUGAUCGCUGGAGAAGUACUUAUGAAAAACUUCGCGGUUUCGUAGGACAGAAAACCGACGAGGACUCCGAGGCCGUGUCGCAAGCCGGUCGCAUUCUACAGCACAUGAUCGAUCAUUUGGGUCUGGUGUCUCGAGAUAUCUUGGCGUGUUUCGUGGCCAUGGAUGACCGCAAAACUGAUAACGUCCACCCCGUACUGGAUAGCAUAGGCCUACAGUUCUUGUUGAACACGGUUUGCGAUUUUCUGAAAGAUCCAGAGUUCCUUCGCGACGUCUACGGUGUCUCCAGCCCUGGCAUCGAGGAAAAUUGUAGACGGCUCUGUGAAGUGCUCCAGGGAGAAGUUUUCGGCGACGGCAAAGGUCGUGAAACGGCCAGAAGUGUACGAGGAAAACUGAGAGUCAUCAGGAGCAUCAUCAACAGAAGCAGGGAUCUUCUACCUCCUGCCAGCGUGACCGACCAUAGAACGAAUACGGAGUUCCUAGAGGCGCCUCUGACAGCGUUUGAUCACCAGAUUUGGGCCCAAUUGACAUCGGAAAACGAUUCUGUCAAGCUGGACACUAUCCGUGAAGUUUUGAAAUGCAAUGAUCGUUGGUUCAGAAAAAAUUUGGGCGUUGAACAGCUUGUUACAUUCGCUCAACCAGGACUGACAGGAGACCGCGAAGUGACGCUCAAAGUUUCGUGCCCCAAUGAAAUUCAACAACAGAACUUCACCGUCGACCCUCUCCGGAGCUAUUCACUGUGGAAGGCCGGCUGCGCUGACAGAUUCGAGUCUUUGAAAGGGGUCAACCCUCAGAUAAGCAGCGUCGCCGACGUUCUCUCGGAAUUCAACUUCUGCGUCCUGCUGCGGCAACACCCUGGUCUGAAUUCGAAAGAUGAGAACGAGGAGGCGAAAGAAUCCAAAAUUCUCCGCAGCCUGUUUCAACUAUCGAAAAUUCCGGACGAUGAACAUUGGCAGAAAUUGACGAAUUUCUGA